UGUCAAUCCCAGAAGCAGUGGGCUCGGUGCAUGAAGGCAGAGGCUGACAGCAUCUGCAACAUACGAUGACGGUCGAGUUAGAACCGCUCUUUACCGCUUAAAACGAGGACACGGGAGUCAGCAAUCGACAUGUAUGGAUUCGUGAAUCACGCCUUGGAGCUGCUGGUUUUGAGGAAUUACGGUCCGGAAGUGUGGGAAGACAUAAAGAGGGAGGCUCAGCUGGACAUCGAGGGUCAGUUUCUUGUCAGGAUCAUAUACGAUGAUGCCAAGACGUACGACCUUGUCGCAGCUGCCAGUAAAGUCCUCAAGAUCAACGCGGGCGACAUCCUGCAGAUGUUCGGGAAGAUGUUUUUCGAGUUUUGCCAGGAGUCUGGAUAUGACACCAUCUUACGAGUGCUGGGCUCCAAUGUUCGCGAGUUCCUGCAGAAUCUGGAUGCUCUGCAUGACCACCUGGGCACCAUCUAUCCGGGGAUGAGGGCCCCCUCCUUCCGCUGCACCGAUGCAGAGAAGGGAAACAACUUGAUCCUUCACUACUACUCGGAGAGAGAGGGGCUUCAAGACAUCGUCAUCGGCAUCAUUAAAACGGUCGCUCAGCAGAUACACGGCACCGAGAUCGAGAUGAAGAUGAUCCAGCCCAAGAGUGAGGAGUGUGACCACAUCAAGUUCCUGAUCGAAGAGAAGGACUCCGAGGAAGAGGCCUUCUACGAGGACCUGGAUGGAUUCGAGGAGAACGGCACGCAGGAGACUCGGAUCAGCCCCUACACCUUCUGCAAGGCCUUUCCCUUUCACCUCAUGUUUGAUAAAGACCUAAUGCUCACCCAGUGCGGGAACGCCAUCUGUCGCGUGCUACCUCAGCUCCAGCCUGGCUCCUGCAUCCUGCCCUCCGUCUUCUCCCUGGUCCGUCCUCAUAUCGACUUCAGCUUUCAUGGAAUCCUGUCCCACAUUAACACCGUCUUUGUGCUGCGCAGCAUGGAGGGUCUGCUGAACGUGGAGACUGUGGAGAACGAGGACGAGCUGACGGGGGUGGAGAUCAGCUGCCUCAGACUGAAGGGACAGAUGAUUUAUUUGCCAGAGGCAGAGAACAUCCUGUUUCUCUGCUCCCCCAGUGUUAUGAACCUGGAUGAUCUCACAAGAAGGGGCCUGUACCUGAGCGACAUCCCUUUGCACGACGCCACGCGUGACCUGGUGUUGCUGGGCGAGCAGUUCCGCGAGGAGUACAAACUGACCCAGGAGUUGGAAAUCCUCACUGACCGUCUGCAGCACACACUUCGAGCCUUGGAGGACGAGAAGAAGAAGACUGACAGGCUGCUCUAUUCCGUCCUGCCGCCAUCUGUUGCCAACGAGCUGCGCCACAAACGGCCGGUUCCAGCCAAACGCUACGACAACGUGACCAUCCUGUUCAGCGGCAUCGUGGGCUUCAACGCCUUCUGCAGCAAGCACGCCUCUGCCGAGGGAGCCAUCAAGAUAGUCAACCUGCUCAACGAUGUUUACACCCGCUUCGACAUCUUGACAGACUCACGGAAGAACCCUUAUGUAUACAAGGUGGAGACGGUGGGCGACAAGUACAUGACGGUGAGCGGGCUGCCGGAGCCGUGCACGCAUCACGCCAAGUCUAUCUGUCACCUGGCACUGGACAUGCUGGAGAUCGCAGGCCAAGUGAAGGUGGACGAUGAGCCAGUGCAGAUCACGAUCGGGAUCCACACCGGGGAGGUGGUGACCGGGGUGAUCGGGCAGAGGAUGCCCAGAUACUGCCUGUUUGGGAACACAGUCAACCUCACCAGCCGUACUGAAACCACGGGUGAAAAGGGGAAAAUUAAUGUGUCGGAAUACACGUACCGGUGUUUGCAGUCAGCCGAGAACGCUGACCCACAGUUUCACUUGGAAUUCCGAGGUCCCGUAACCAUGAAAGGAAAGAAGGACCCGAUGAAGGUGUGGUUUCUGUCCAGGAAACCCACUGACUGAGUCCUGCAACGGGGCUCCGGAGACAGAAGGACAGGAAGACGCCUCCGUCUUGCUACAGCUGCGUACAGUAGAUAUUUUUAAUAUGAAGAAUAGAUGUUUAUUUGAACUUGAUUCUCCACUCCAUCAUGAGCUUAACGUUUCAUACAUGGAGCGUAAACAGUGCGCCACGAGUGUAUUGUUUCACUAGAAAUAUAUUUUGGACAAAUUCUAGUUGUACGUCACAUGAAAUAUUAUCAUUUGAGUGACUGUCCUUCCAGUUAUUGGUGAGUCGUAUCAGUGGUAUUGUUAUAUAACAGUUACAUUUCUGUUUUAAAGUUAUAAAUUGAAGCAAUAAAAUAUUAUAGAAACAUCCUGAGUGCGAUUGUUGAGCAGGGAGACAUUUAUUAAGACUUAAAUAUUAUUAUUAUAAUUAUUAUUAUUAUUAGAUGCCACUUUUAAUAUUGAAAUGACAUUAUUUAUAUAUCCUAAUAUUGCCAGUGUUUGCUUUAAAUGUGAAAAUUCUAGACUUCUUAAAUUUAUAUUCUAAAAGAUUCUCACAUUUUCAUCACAGUUUUGUUUGUUUCUCACAUUUGUUUGUUGACCACACAUUUAUAUUUAACUGCAAGGUAAAAACAGAGCUGCUGGUCUUGUUUGCUUUUGUUUGAACAGUUAAAAUAAAAGAAUAA